UCCCGGUGACGUCAUGAUACUGGCCAGCAUUUGUGAAACCAUCGGAAUGCGACAAAAUUGAUCUUCUAAGAGAUUUACAGUUCUGUUUCGGAUUAAGUUAUUUAUAACUCGUUCUGUCAUAAAUGUGCCUUUGGCUAAAUACGGCGUGUGCACUAACCGCAGCUCUUUAUCGAUUUGAAACGCUGCGGAAAUGAACUUCUUUAUCUCACUCCUGGGGAGUCUUCUCACAGAGCGAGGCUGCCAGGAUAAUUUUUUUCCACGUUUGUUCUCAUGCGUGACCGUGAAAUGAUAUCAAUUGGAUUGUAUCGCGUUGGAUAGACAUUCUGCAAAUUGCAGCCCAACACCAGGCUUGGUAAACAACAGCUAGGCAAGACUGAUGCCUAGCUAGAAGCAAUCUGGCUGGAAUUGGGGGCCGGUUCCAAGGUCACACUGUUUGCAUUGCACUUUGUAAAUCUGCGAAUCUCAGAGGAAGAAUUCAGUUAGUUUGCACUUCUGACUCAACACUGGGCAGUAACCUCAAAUGAAAGAGGGUAACAGUAGAGCACACCCACAAACAUCUAGACUAGGCUACAUCCUGAUAAGUUGACAGAAUUAUUGAUGCUACAGGCAGAGUAACGCGGGGCAAGGUCUGAUGCCCGGCUGCUGCCAUGUUCACCAAGAAGAAGAAGCCCCGCGUCCAGAUUUCGGCACCUUCCAACUUCGAGCACCGCGUGCACACAGACUUUGACGAGCAAGAACAGAAGUUUGUGGGGCUGCCGCGGCAAUGGCAGUCUCUGAUCGAGGACACAGCCAAGAGGCCCAAGCCCUUCAUCGACGUCACCGUCAUCACCACUGUGGAGCCCCGCAAGACCAUAGUGCGGGGUAGUAAGAUCGCUGUGGACGGCUCGCUGACAUGGCUGCUGGAUGAGUUUGACACCAUGUCGGUGACCCGCUCCAACUCCCUGAGGCGAGGCAGCCCCCCGAUCCAGCCCCGCAGAGACUCCAGAUCCUCGGGGGGAGGAGGCCAUGAGAACGGGGACCUGGCCCAUCGGACACACCACCACCCAGAUCACUAUGGAGACAGAGAUAGGGAGCGGCCCAGGCCGGACCAGUUAGCUGGUGGAGACCCACGGCAGCCCCAGCGGGUAUCCCGCUCUCAGAGAGAGGAUGGCCGGCCACAGCAGCAGCCCCGGGGCCAGGAGCCAGGCAGCAGGCACCGUGAGAGGGAGCGGCCCUGCCCACCCCCUCCCCCGCCAAAGCCCAGAGACAUGGACCCACGGGACCACCACGACCAGGUAGUCCGCAGGGACGGGCCCAGCGACAAGAGGCCCAAGUCCAGCUACACAGGCAGGGACGGCAGCCCCCAAUCGCCCCGGGAUAAGAGGCCUCUCUCGGGGCCCAACAUCCGUAUGCCUAACCUCCCUGUCACAGAGGGGGUGAUAAAGACAGCACAGCAGAGCAGUAGGCCGUUCAACACCUACCCCCGCGCUGACAGUGAAGGAGGAAGAAGCCCCACCAGCCAGGAGCUGAAGCCAGCCCGACCACACGAAACACCGCACCACAACGGUCCCUCUAGUGGCCGCAGCGGGGGCAAAGCCCCACAGCAGGGCCAGCUACGAGGGGACCCCCACCACUCCUCCCACCCUGUCUUGGGCCCUGAGCCCCCCCACGGCUACCAGCAGCUGAAGGCUCCUGUUCCCCGCCCUCCGGCCCCUGCCCUACCACCACAGCAGGCCCUCUCACCCCAGAGGGAGCCCCAGCGGGUGUCCCAUGAGCAGUUCCGCGCCGCACUACAGAUGGUGGUGGACCCGGGUGACCCGCGCACCUACCUGGACCACUACAUCAAGAUCGGAGAGGGCUCCACCGGCAUUGUGUGCAUUGCCACCGUCAAGAGCACCGGAAAACUGGUCGCUGUCAAGAAGAUGGACCUGCGUAAGCAGCAGCGCCGGGAGCUGCUAUUCAAUGAGGUGGUGAUAAUGCGGGACUAUCACCAUGACAACGUGGUGGAGAUGUACAACAGCUACCUGGUGGGAGAUGAACUCUGGGUCGUCAUGGAAUUCCUGGAGGGAGGGGCUUUGACUGACAUCGUCACACACACCAGGAUGAAUGAGGAGCAGAUAGCCACAGUGUGCCUGUCUGUGCUGAAGGCUCUGUCAGUGCUGCACACCCAGGGCGUCAUCCACAGGGACAUCAAGAGUGACUCCAUCCUUCUCACCCACGAUGGCAGAGUGAAGCUGUCAGACUUUGGCUUCUGCGCCCAGGUGUCUAAAGAGGUCCAGCGGCGCAAGUCCCUGGUAGGCACACCCUACUGGAUGGCCCCAGAGCUCAUCUCACGACUACCCUAUGGGCCUGAGGUGGACAUCUGGUCCUUGGGGGUGAUGGUGAUCGAGAUGGUGGACGGAGAACCCCCCUAUUUCAAUGAGCCCCCCCUCAAAGCUAUGAAGAUGAUCCGUGACAACCUACCACCCAAACUCAAGAACUUACACAAGGUUUCUCCUCUCCUCAAGGGCUUCCUGGACAAAUUGCUGGUGCGAGACCCUACCCAGAGGGCCUCAGCCAAUGAGCUGCUCAAGCACCCCUUCCUGAGCAAGGCUGGCCCGCCCUCCUGCAUCGUGCCUCUCAUGAGGCAGAACCGCAUGAGAUGAGAGUGAGCAGAGGCCUCUUCCCCACUAAGUGGUAGUAGUCACAUGGACCCUGAAACCCAAGCUCACACCUCGGACUCACACUGAUCUGGAGCGGGGGGGGGAACAGCGGAGAAGCACUGCCCAGUUUGUAUUAGCAUUUUUGUUGGUCAAGCAUUGUUUUAAUGCACCUUUUGAAAUUAAAAGGGACUCUGUCUGUCCCUUUCCUGUGGGGGAAAAACAUUUGGACACUACAAGGAUUUAUAGCUUGAGCGGUUUGGUGCAGAAUGAGACUUGGAAAGUGUUGUGGGAUCAUUAGAACCUAAGCUACCUGCUGGGGAGACUGUUAGCAUCCUAGCUGAAUGGUCUGAAAAGCAUGCUUCCACACUAAAGGACUUCCUCACUACAUGGCCCAGUCUCAACUCUAUUGCAAUAGACAGGACAUCAUAAACUACUACUGAAGGAGGACCAUGCUUUUCUCUUACCACACGAUGAGUACAAGUCUGAAAAACACUUGGUCCCUGUUACAAACACUAAGAAAAGGUCAACACUGGAGUUGUGUUUUUUUAGAUAUUUCUUUCUUUAUAUUUCUUGUGUAAGUAUGAUGAACAUAGAGAUAUAUCUGCUUUGUUUUCUCUAUUUUAUGAUUUUUGUUUAGGUUACAGUGAGAUGAUUUUAAUGCACUCUUCUCCGAUAGAAGCUGCACUCCUGGUUGAUUCCAAUAUAGCGUCUAGUUCUUUAAAUCGUUUAGUUUUUUAAUUUACCUGUGUUUAAUAGAAUAUCAUGGUGAAGUGAACAUCAAGGCAGUUUUAGCUGUUAUUUUUACUUUAGGGAUUUAGCCGUGUAGAUUGUGCUCUCUGUAACCUCUCGAUCCGCUGCUGUAGACCUCAACUGUUAGUCUAUAGUAGUGACUACUAGGUCAAUGCAAGGACAGCCCUUAUGAAGCACCCCUUCCACCAUACACGUGUUUGUGUGUAUAUACAGGAAUUCUCCAGAUCGGUUAAAUAUUUCUUUUUUUCCCCCUAAAGAUGCAUUUCUUUAUUGCCUGACCUGGACAAUGGGUCUGGACUAUAUGAAUGUAGUGCUGAGUCACAAACAAGCUCUGCAUUUAAAGAUGGAAUCUGCAGUAGGGUGAAACGGCGCCACCGACCGCCCCCACCACUGUUGUCAUUUGUUUGUCUUGCCGAGCUAAGGAGCGUCGCGCAGCAUAAAAAAAAAAAUAUAUAUAUAUAUAUACACACACACACACAAAAAAAAAAUAGCAGUACAUAUUGUGCUCUUCUGUCGCGCGUGAAAAGAUGUCCGAGUGGCGAAAAACUGUUUGCAGUUACUUUGUUGAAGGUAAUAUCGCAAACGGACGUGGCUGUUUCACCAUUAAGGAUUCCAGAUUUAAGGGCUUAUUACAACAAGAAAUUGACACACAAGGUGAAAAUCCGUGUUUAGCUUAAUGAAGUGUGCAACAGCUGCUAGAACUGAACUAUUGUGUCCACAAUGUAGCAACGACAGGAACUGUAUGGCAGAAAACACAGAUGCAAACAGGGGCGGCAGGGUAACCUAGUGGUUAGAGCGUUGGACUAGUAACCGGAAGGUUGCAAGUUCAAAUUCCCGAGCUGACAAGGUACAAAUCUGUCGUUCUGCCCCUGAACGGGCAGUUAACCCACUGCCAUUUUCAAUGGCCGUCAUUGAAAAUAAGAAUUUGUUCUUAACUGACUUGCCUAGUUAAAUAAAGGUAAAAAAAAACACAAGUAGUAAACUCACCGCAAUUACCCACACACACUUCAUGCAGGGCCCAACAAAAGUCUGCGAUGCGGGUGGAAUCACGAAUUCAGCCCUUAAAACGGAAUUCAAAAAUAGGAAAUCAACUAAAUGUAUUACAAAAUGUAUUUUGCCAAGAUUAUCAUAAGACAUAAAAUUGCAUUAGUGAUUUAUAUUUUCCUUUAACUCCCUGAAUCAAAGGCAUGGGAAUUCCCCUAUCCGUGUGCAAGGUUGUUUGCCGCUUUGUGUAGCUUUUAGCAAUGAUGCUAAUGAUAACCGUCUUCUGGUAGAUGGAGAUACUUAAAAUAAAAAUGUUUUAAGUUAGGCAAACUGCAUUCACAUGUGCGCCACAGACACACAGAUAACCAAACAAGUCUCUUGGCUGGUGCACGCUUGAAUUAAAGGGUAUCUACACCCAGAAAUGUCUUAGAUUUUCCCAAGACCUCAAAAGUGCUCACCUGGUAUGUUUUAACCAUUGUUGUGAAACAAGAUUUAAUGUUCUAUUUAAAAAGUGUGAUCCUGGAAAAACAAAACCGAUAUUAUAGGGCCCUAUUCAUUGUUACUCCCCAUUUUUUUUUCUCUGAGCUUCCCCCCCCAAUUCUAGAGUAGCAAGACCAAGUCGCACAUGUACCAUAGAGAGCAUCCAAAGACCACGAGGCCUUAGUGCACAGCAAAGAGUAGCCAAUGUGUCUGUUCUGAAUUUCAGUGGGGAAAUCGGAACAGACUGUCCAUAAGUAGACACUAACACUACAUUGUGAAGUAUUGUAUUUAGAUACAGAAUUGAAGUGUCAUAGCAGAGGUUAGUGUACUGUUUUAACAUUCUGUCUCAAAUGUACUUGCUUGUAGCAAAUUGGAGUAUUUAAUCUAGAUUUAACCAAUUGUUUUACAAUAAUAUUUUAUUCACCGCUCACUUAAUCCAUUUCAGUACUUUUUACGGAUGCUCAAAAGGUAGUCUGGUUGAAUUUAAAUGUGAGACAAUGUUCCAUAUUUACAAAAGACAAGUGGAAGUCUGUUUAAAGUGACACGAUGGUUGGCAUGCCUGAAUAAGAUGUGAUCUGUCUGUUCCCUGUGUAAAAAAAAGAAUGUUCUUCCAGUUUAGUAAAACUGAGUGAAAAGAUGGGCUGAAAGAAUGACAAUCAAAGUUAGUAGGAGUAAAUAACUGCUUUUGCAACAAUAUUCUAAACUGAUCACUUUUCAUUGCUCACAAAGUUUUGUAACUAUAAUUGUGUAGCAUUUUGACAACACAAACACAUUUUCUAAACAAAUCCUAUUUUGAUACUCAGUAAAUCCAUCUUUACGUAUGUAUAUUUUUAAAUCACUUAAUAAGGUCCAUGAAGUGAUGGCACACACUUGGUAUUUUGUGUUUUUUAUUAAAUACUGUAUAAUGAUGAAUGCAAAAAAAAUCUAUAGACUUAUCAUUCCUCAAACUACAGAAUUGAAGCAUCUCAUUAACCCCCACAUGUUACAUAGGAGUUCAAUCGCCAUUGGUUUCAGUCACUUCUACCACAGUUUUCAGUGGCUGGUAUGAAACCAAUCACGUACAUUUCUCAGUUGGUAUUUGACAUUCCUGUAGCUUCUACUUAAAUGAAUGGCUGUCAAGGUUAGAAUGGCUUAACAUAGUUUUAUCGGUUUUUGUGUGUAUUAAUGCCUUAACGUUCAGAAGAGUAACAUGAUUUAAUAUGAUUCCCUUUCUUUACAAUUACUGUUAGUUGCAAAUGUACAUUAUUAUAUUACUCAUCUCAAGGAGUCUAGUGCCUCUGUGUAAACUUAUUGUUGUUCUCGCUGGUUUGUGUUGAGGAUGCUCAAAUUCCAAUUAGGAGCUGUGACGACUACUGACUGGCCUACUUGGUAAUAUAUUUAUGUGUGAAUUUCUCCAACUUGUCUGUAUGAUCAUUUUUCACACUUGUACGCUAAAUCAUUUAUGCAUCAGUAUUGUCAAGUUUGUCAUAGUUGACCAUUUUUCUGAAGAGUCCAAACCCCCCUGGAUUUUUGAAUUUCCACUGGUUAUUAAAAAAAUAAACGUUGCAGAUUUUCGAUA